CAGAGCAGACUGAGAUGAACAGCUCCGUGUCUCUCGCGUCCAGAAAUGUGCGCAGGGAGAAGAAACGAGUCGCAUCUCUCUCUGUAGCCUCCGCAGACAACACACCACUUUCGUUUCUUUCACGUACCGCCGGCAGGUUUAGACGGAGGAUUAACGCGCACUGAACAUAUCCAACCACUUUCUGUUUAAACCGGCCACUGAAUGCUGAUUUUAAUUUUUUUGGAGAGUCCCCCCCUAUUCUCUCUUUCAGUCUCUCUCUAGGGUACAUGUGCCAGACUACUUCUUUGCAGACUUCCUGGAGCCCCCCACGUUGGAAACCUCACGUUGACAAGGAAGCAGAUAACUGUGACCGGCUGAGAAAUUGCAAGGCCGACCUGACUAAUCAUCCAAGGUGUCAAGCCGGUACCUGUCCGAUGUCCUCUCCUGCCACAGUGUGAUGCGUCAUGGCUCCGGUGCUGAGUGGAGUGUGGUGGGGGCUGGAGGCAGGUGUCGCCGGGUCAGGGGCGGCAGCUGCUACAGGCAUAGCGUCGUGGCUGGGCAGUGGGCAGCUGGUCCUGGCCGUCACCCUCAGCACCCUCACUGCCCUGCUCCUGGUCUCUGUGCUGCUGAUGCUCUGUGCUAGCUGCCAGGGUCAGAAGAAGGCAGUCAAUGGACAUCCAGAAGGAGACCAUCAGAACCUCAUGAAUGGAGUGUCAGAGAGAGAGACGAUCAGCCAAUCAGCAGACAGCCCAGUGACUGAUGUGGCCGUCAGCAGCUCUCACAAUGGUCCUCUAACCAGCGGUACAAUCCUCACUGACACACAAGACAACAGUCCCCAGCCAUCAGAGGAGAUGCUCUCCAGCCAAUCAGAGCUCAGGUCCUCCAAGUGUCCUCAGGACCGGGAGCUACCCAGCAUUCCUCCCAACAACGCCCUUAUUGGGGACAGACCCCCAGCCUCAGGGGACAGCACCUAUGAGGUGGUGAAGGAGAUGGCGGUGGCAUCACGUGACGUCAGCGUCGAAGACUCCCUGUACGAGACGGUCAAGGAACUCAAAGACCCCCCAGCCCAGCUUGGCCUCCCCAACGGUACCAUCCAGCUGAGCCCUGAUGAAUCUCCCCACCAUCCCUCAGUCCUUCUCAACGGCCACCUCAGCCCCUGCACAACUGAACGGGGGCCCCUGUGUAUAGGGGUGGAGUACGCCUCCAUCGACCUGAAUAAGAAGAGCCGUCACAGUGCCGACAUGGAGGCCAAAAGGUGCUCCGAUAAUGCCAACGUUCCCCCACAUAAACCUGUGGAGGAACCAGAAGAAGACUUGCCUCCGCCGGUACCAGAGAAGGUUCUGGAUGAAAAUGACAACCAGCCAGUGGUGAUGAAUGGGCUGGCGGGGGCUGGACUGCACAAUGGAGAGUUACACUCCCCACUGUCUCCCGCACCGGGGUUCCACAACCACAUUCUUUCAGACAGUGAGUCAGCAGUGUACUCUACAGUCAACAAAACAAACUGUGAUGAUGCUGUGAACGAGGACGACAAAGAGCACGACUACAGUAGCAUCGCAGAGAUCAAAGGCCUUGUCACGACCUCUUCCUCCAGUGACCUUUACGCCACUGUCCGAGAUAUCUACAGCCAGCCCAGCGACCCCCAGCCGGGGGAGGAUCUCGCCACGGAGUGCACAGAUCCCGGCUACGAAUCCAUCCGCAUCCCAAAAACUAGUAGCCCGGAUGAUGACCACAGUGCUGAGCUGGAAGCGGAGGGGACCGACGCUGCCAAGGCAGAGCCUGAUUACGAGAGUGUUGGAGAGUUGGGUCUGGACCAGGAAACGUCCCGCCUCUGAGUUUUCCCUUCAUCUGUGACGGUUUGUUAUGAGCUCCCUCUCUUACACCUUACAGACGUCACUAUAGCAUGCAUUUGGUGCAUGACUUGGGGAAAACGGCAUCAGCAUCCAUCAUCAACGCAUGAGUGUCCUCUUUACAGCUUGGGUACGGUUUGUCAUAUCUGAACUUUUAAUUUAUCAACCAGGGUGAAUGUCAAUGGUAUUGGUAGGCCUACUAGAAAAUUAACUCUAGUACCUCAGUCGUUAUUAAUCAUGUAGAAGAGUGCACUUUGGAUCAUCAUUAAAUUCCUCAUUAGUCAUGUUGACAUAUGUGCGCAUCAUUUAACAACAUGUGAUUGUGAAAAAGAUCAAAUAAAUAAACUAUCAAAUAAAUAUCCAAUCACAGCACACAUUGCAGCAUUUUAAGGGUUAGCUGAGGACACUAUCAGUGCCUGUGAUCUAAAAAAAAAACCAAACAAAGAUACCAAGAAUUCAGUGCCAUAUAAUCAUGAAAUUCAUGCACUUAAUGUUAAUGUUAUGAAGGUAACAUUAUCAAGUCCCUUCUGCAGCUGCUAGUGACUUUCUAGCUUCAUCCAGGUGACUCAGCGUCACGUUUUAUUGAGGUUUCAGAUGAUGUAUUUCUUGGCUACUCUUUGGCAGGUUGGUAGUACCUCCGCAGUGCAUUCUCUGCUUGAACUUCUUGUGAAUGGGUUCUAGGUAUGGAAAUGAAAAGCCAGUCUUAUCUGUGACCAAAUGCUUAGCAAAAAUACAGUAGAAGUCGAUAGAUUACGCCAUCAAAUAGAAAUGACGAGUUUUUAACUGCAUGUUCUUUUGUUGAGGCUAUUCACCGCAACCGUAUUGGUUCAACAUGUUACAGGACAGGAGUUGUGAGACUAUCUGCAGAAGAUCUGCAGAAGGGAAGGAGGGCGGUUUCACAAUACAUUCUGAAAGCAUUUUUAGACGUUUUACAGUCCAUGUCAGCAUUUUUUUGUGAAAUUCAUAUUUAUUUGAUGAUGCGUGUUGUUGUGUAAUUGUGAAAUGUCUGUGAGAGAAAAGUAAAAAGGGUUUUAUAGAUGUUUCUAGCAUUUUUAUUAAGAUACAAAAUGAAUGUGAGCUGUAAGAUAAUGACAGUUGUAAAGGUACAUUUUCUCUGACUUUCUUAUUCAUUGUUUAAAAGUUGAAUUGCAUGGGGUCCAAACAAAUUCAGAAGAUGUGUAAUGUGAUAAAAAUAACAAACUUGCAUUAUUGAUGCAAAUCCAUUGAUCAAGUGUAUUUAUUUCAUGUUUUUUGAGCUCACUCUUGGUACAGUACAGUCUUCAGUUGCCAUCCCUGAUGAUUUUAAAGCACAAAGUUUGAUAUCAUGGUACGGCAUUUAUAUACAGCUUAUCAAAAGCAUUAUCACAAUCCAGUUACAUCGCUGCACAAUUUAAAUAACUAAUGCUUUUUAACUUACUAUAGAAGCACUCUGAGAAAACUGUUUGUAGCUUGUACCGACGUCAUGCCAAACAAGGCUUGGAAAUAUAGAUAUAGCACUAUUUUAACCAAUUGUUACUUGCUGGAAUUUUAUGUGAGCUAUUACUUAUUUGUACAAUGUCCAGAAUGGUAUCAUUUUAAAAUAAGUCUGUUAAGAGCACUGAUGUAUGUCUGCCUUGUUUUAAGGAAAACUUAAUCCCUGUUUUCCAACAGCUUUUUACCUUGUAUUGUUACUCAAAGUUGUCACAUAGCUUUUGAGUUCUGAGAAGUUGUAACCAAUCAAAUGUCAGUAAUAUGGUACAAUGUUUUGGUACAUGCAUUUGAAGAAACUGUAUGUGUGGUACUUUUAUUUAAAAAAAAAAAAAAAACUGAAAUAAUGUCUCAAUACUAUUGUUUAAUUCAUUUUCAAAUGAACACGGCCAGUGCUUUUUGCUGUAAAUAUUUCUUCCACUGCUACAUUAUCUACCGUCUUUGCAGACAAAUUGGUGUCAUCUGUUUCCACCCACAUCAAAAUAUUACAGCCUUACAGUAUCUCCAGCUUCAUGUUUCAUUAGACAUGCAGGAGCUUGUUGGUGGUUCAGACAAACACAGCUAGCCCGUGCUCUAUAAAUGAUAUCAGACAUUUGAAAUGCUGUUACAUCCCAGCAAUGCUACAGUGAAAGAGGAUUUGAAAUGCGAUCCAUUCACAGUAUUUUAAGGAACGAAAACAGGAAAAUUAAGUCCUCAAACAAAUGAUGUUCAUUUCUGCAUAUAGAGAAAAUUAUCAUUGUUAUUUAGUUCCCAAAAAAUUUGUUAAGUGUUGCUACCGAGUGAUGUGGCUGUGUGUAUCAGGUUGGUGGCAUCAUAUCAUAGAUAAAAUGGUGUUCACAGAACAUUAUAACAUUUUAAAUGUUCUCUAAGGAAAUUAUCUCUCAAAUGGGGUGUUUUAUUGCCAAAACACACACACACACAUACACAGUUAAUAGAUACUUACCUAAAAUCACUUAUUCUCUCUAGCUGUCUUCCUUGGUCAUAUAAACACACACACACACACACACACGCGCGCACACAAUCCCCCUCAGGGAAUAUGGUGUGGUAGAGGUUUGGAGAUGUUCCCUCACUGCCCCUCCUUCAGCUCCACUACUCUUUGUAAUGAGACCAUUUGUUCCCCCUACAACCAGCAGACAACUCUAUGGUGACACCUGCCUUUGAUCACUGGGCAAAGCCUGUUUUGGAAGUUAUGGCCACAUCUGUCACUCCACUCUGUCUGGUUUCCAUUCUCUGCAUGUAAAUAUUUUAUGACAUGAAUUGUUCUAUUAAAUAUAUAUAUAUAUAUAUAUAUAUAAUAAA